AUGUCCCAACAAAACCAAGCUGUUAUUCUAAUCUCUUUCCCUGGCUCAACUGCCUACCAAGUCUAUCAAGACCAGCGUGUCCCUCUCAGCGCCGGUGUCCUUGACCUAAGCCUUGUCAGUCUCAAUUCCACCAUCAACUACGACAACCCCACCGAGAUAUUCGACAGUCAAAUGUCAGGCGGAACUGACUACUGGCUGGUGUUAUCCAUCAGGGGUGACGAGAAAGCGCACGCGUUCGAGCUAGCACUGCCAUCAGGUAUCCCUAUAGACAGAAUAGGCGAUUGUGGCUACAGCAUCCCUUCGCCCACACUCCCUGAUGCCUAUAUCGAUAUUGAACUCCCCGAGAAGCAUUCAGACGAGGACAAGGAGAGCCUCGAGGUUAUCCUCGGCUCCUACGCCAGUCUCCCCGUCCCACAAGCUCAGAGUGAUUUGCGCGGCAAACUCUGUCUCGUCGAUACCCAAGACGGCCAAAUAUUAGGUUCGCUCGAUGAGGCUCAGUCGGGCGCUCCCGUUGAAGACCCUUCACUGAGCGAGACGGGUAACGAAAAACACCCAGUCGUAGUCGAUUUCCCUGACCAGCCUGACGAAUCCAUCCGCGUAUCUGCCGCUAAAGACCCCUCGCUGAUGAUUCGCAGCAGCAACUACGUCAGUCAGACCAUUAUCGGAGGCGGCAACCUCCUCGGAAAAGGGCUCGCAGCCGGCUCGCAAACCUUUGUUGCCAAGACCAAGACGGGCGAGAAACCGCUCGUGUUUUCGGAGAACUCGCGCAAGAACGCGGCGCGCGUGCACAAACUCACCGGUCAAGUAGCUAGUGUGUCGGCCAAGACGAGCGGUGUAAUUGCCGACUCUGCGCGCGGUGUUGGCGCGUACGUCUCUGGUAAGGGCAAGAAAGACGACAAGGAGGAUAAGAAGCCGGGCUUCUUUAACAAGGCCUUCACGGCCGUAGAUAACGUCUUCACGUCGGUAGAAGAGGCCAGCAAGACUUUCGUUAGCGAUGCUUCCAUGGCAGGGAGUGUUAUGGCUGCUCAUAAAUACGGCCCAGACGCUGGCAAGGCCGUUAGAGGCGUCGGUGACUCGGUCCAUAACGCCGCUAUUGUCUACAUUGACGUCAAGGGCGUGUCGAGAAAGGCACUCAUCAAAUCUGCUGGCAAAGGCGCCGUCUUUGGUGGUAAACAGAGCGCCGCACCUGCUAAUACCGCCGAUCCUUCGCCUUCGCCUUCUUUACCAUCCAAGAAUUAG